UGAAAGGAGUUAUACUCCGUACUGAAGUCAUACAACUACUCUCCGUGCCUACUCACCAUUCCAGUGAAGCUUGCUGUAUUCCACUCACCCAACAUCUCUCAACGUGACAUUGAAACACCAUCGUCAACAUGUCUUUCUUCGGUCUGGACCUCGCCCAAAAGGGACUAUCCCUUUACACUAUCCCGGCCGCCUUCGUGAUGGCCAUGCUGCCCAACGUCUACGCCGUCUCCGGAGCCGGGGCGCACUACGACCUCUGCAACCCGCGAAAGCUCCAGACCAGCGUCGUGGCCGAUGACAAGAUAGACAAGAUUGCCAAAGCCCGCAUCCUCCGUGCCAAGGCCGCGUCGGAAAACGCCUUUGAGACACUCGGGUUCUACUCGGCUGCCGUGGUCGCCGCCAACUUCGCCGGUGUGGACGCCGAGACUGUCAACAUCUUGACGCUGGGCUACGUCGGCUCCAGGGCCUUGUACAACAUCAUCUACGUGCGCCUGCAGGACAACCGGAGCUUCGGCCCCGUGCGAAGCCUCGCUUGGCUUGCCAGCAUCGCCAUCACUGUUACGUUGUAUGCCAAGGCAGCUACGCAAUUGGCGUCUUCCUGAGCUGGGCUCUUCG